AUGACGCCAUCAAAUGAAGAAGUGCAGUGCACUGUUUCCGGAUUAUCGUAUUUCAUGUUUCAAAUGGCCAAAAUUUUUGGGAUCGCUCCUAUAAAAUCGGAAAAAAACAAUAACGGCUAUCAGAUCAGCGUCUCUUCUACUUUCUGUUUUAUAAACAACACAGUCAUCACCCUAUUCAAUGUGAUAUCAGUUAUAGGAUUGAUAAAAGACAUGAUCUUGGAUUCUAGCGAAUCAACAAGGUAUUCCGCUGGCAUAAGAAGUUUGGUAUGGAUCAGUGAGCUUUUUGGGUCAAUAAUCAUUGCAGGGAUCGCAGUAUAUGGCGGACCAACAAGGACAAUAGAAGAUAUUAAAAUUAUUUCUAGAGUGCAAAAGACGAACCGCACUAAUUUGCUGGUGGGUAAGUUGACUAUUCAAUGCACUGAUCAAUUGUUAUAUGAAGAGUUGGAGAAGUUUUACCAGUAUCUCACGUUGAAUAACGUUUCCUACUCGCCGUUGGGCAUAUGUACCCUUUCUAGAUGUCUUAUUGCAUCGAUAGCUGGAACUGUUUGCACCUACCUAGUCAUCGUUUUCCAAUUCCAAGUACCUGAUAAAGGAGAGUACUGA